UCUCUUUAGUCUUUACUGUUUCAUGUAAAUAAAAAAAAAAGUUUCUGUAUCCGAAAUUCUCUGAAAGGAAAAUCUUAAUAAGUUUAAAUUUUUAAAUUUAAAUUGUUAAACUAAUUAUAAUUUCAGUAAUUUAGUUUCUUUGUUUAUUGCAAUGGCGUUAAAUUUAAAAGUAAAAGUGCACCCUGUUGUGUUAUUUCAAAUUGUGGAUGCGUAUGAGCGUAGAAAUAUUGAUGCUCAUAGAGUAAUUGGAACAUUGAUGGGUACUGUUGACAAAGGUGUAGUUGAAGUGACUAAUUCUUUUGGAGUCCCUCAUAAAGAAUAUGAAGACACUGUGGAGGCUGAUAUUGUAUAUGCAGCAGAUAUGUUCAAAAUGAAUCAAAAAGUCAACAGAUCUGAACAAAUUGUUGGAUGGUGGGCUACAGGUAACGAAGUAACUACACAUUCAUCAACUAUACAUGAAUACUACUUGAUGGAAUGUAACAAUCCAGUACACAUCACUUUGGAUACAACAUUAAAAAACGAUAAUAUGGGUUUAAAAGCAUACAUUAGUACACAAAUUGGUGUUCCUGGAGGCAAAACUGGAAAUAUGUUCAUUAAUGUACCAAUUGAAGUUACAUGUUAUCAACCUGAAACAGUUGGAUUAAGCUUGUGCCAGAAAACUGUAGCCGUCGGACAAAAAUGUCAAGAACCAAUUGCUGAGCUGAUACAAAUAGAAGAGGCAUCAUCAAAAAUCUCUGACCUUUUGGAGGUAGUUUUAUCUUACAUUGAUAAGGUAUUAGCAUCAAGUGACUGUAAUGCAGCUGACAACAGUCAUAUUGGUCGUAUAUUACUUGACCUUAUGCACAGUGUACCUCAUGUGACACCUGAACGAUUUGAAGAAAUGUUUAAUUCCAAUGUUAAGGAUUUGUUGAUGGUUAUUACUUUAUCUCAAUUGACCAAGACCCAAUUAGAACUCAACGAAAAACUCACAUUACUCAGUUUGUCAUAAAUAUAUUAAGUAUAUUACCAUAACAGACCGAAACAAAAAAAAAUUUAUAAUCUUUAAUCAUCCAUAAGUUAAUUGAUUUAUGCUGUAGGAAUUUAAUAAAGGUUUUAAGUAUAUAAUAUUAA